GUGAGCUUGGCUCCUAUGAUCUGGCUGUGUGACCUCAGGCAGGAAACUGUCCCUUUAUGGGCCCCAUCACCCCCUUAUCCCCUCUGGCCACUCCUUCCCAUCAUUCUUUCUUCCCAGAAUGGAGAUAUUAAAUAUGUGACCCCAGGCUCUGCGUGGUAGUCAUCACCUCUGUAAAUGCCUUACUGGCACGUCUGCCUACUGCAGAACUCACAACCCCACGUCCCAGAAGCACCCUAGUCUUGGCCAGAAACCCACCCAGACCCCCAAAUCCUCUCUUGACUCCAGGUCUGUGCCCAGUCCCUUGCUCCCCUGACUGUGGGCUUCUAGGGGCUGUGAAAGCCUCAGCCUGACCUCCUGAUAGACUGGGUGUUGUGAGUGUUUGUUGAAUGAAUUGAAUAGGAAAGAUGGUUUGUGACUGGAGUUGGGGGUGUAGAAGAGCUGGCUUACAGGGUGUGGUAUAGGCUGGGGGGGACAAGUGUGGGGCUGGAGGGAGGCACAGCUGGGAGAGUAGAGGUCUUGGCCAGAUCCCAAGGACACCCCAUCCCCUCCUGCUCAGCUGUGGUCCUUGGCUCACCAGGGGAACUGGUUCCGGGCAGAGGCCGUCCUAGGGGCAGAGGCCAAGGCUGGAGCUAGGCUGAGCCAGCUCUGUGCACCCUAGGACAGUUCCUGCCGUCACCCAGAAAAGUCCGGAGGUGGUGAAACAGGAAAGGAACCAUUUAGACUUAUCCUUCUGUCUUCCAGCCUCAAUUUCCCUCUUUGACAAAGCCAAGUCAUAAAUAUCUCCUCCCACCUCCUUUACAGCCUAAACUGCCCCCAAUUCUCCUGCCUCAACUUUUUCAGUGCUAGCAAGACAUGUGGGCUUCACCCUUACAAAGGGGAGGGGCGCUUGGCUUGUUUUAAAUGUUGGGGAGCAGCUCCUGGCACAGCGCUGCACCUGGGAGAGGACUUCAAGGUCCCAAGCUGGACACACAGCCCCUGACCGUGACUCGAGCCUCGACCUUUUGGGUGCUGCUUGCCUGUGUUCCCGCCAAGGCCCAUGGGCGGCGCGAGGCAGUUAUAAGGAGCAUCCCUGCCCACUGCCUCCUGCCACCAUGCGCGCGCCGCUGCUACUGAUGCUCCUGGCUCUGGGGUCCGCGCUGCGCUCUCCGCAGCCCCCCGAGGCACGCACCAAGCUCUGCGGCCACCACCUGGUGCGCACGCUGGUGCGGGUGUGCGGCGGCCCACGCUGGUCGCCCGAGGCCACGCAGCCUGUGGAGACCCGGGACCGGGAGCUGCUGCAGUGGCUAGAGCAGAGACAUCUCCUGCACGCACUGGUGGCCGACUCGGACCCAGGGCUAGACCCACAGCUUCCUCACCAGGCUUCUCAGCGCCAGCGCCGCAGUGCCGCCACCAACUCUGUGCACCGCUGCUGUCUCACUGGCUGUACCCAGCAAGACCUGUUGGGUCUGUGUCCCCACUGAAGGGACACAGGGCUCAGGCGGUGCGUCCUCAAUUGCUCCCCACCUCCUGGCUGUGUCAUUGCAACACCCCAGUUUGCCUUGGAGGAUCCCUAGAUCGCAGUAAGCGAGGACCACAGGUCCUGUCCCCAAGAAGCCCCAUCAUGACCUGUGCCCACCUCCUCCCUGUGUCCCAAAUAGUCUAAAUAAAAAAGCAACUUCA